AUGUUUGUUUUUUACAGUCACCAUAUUCCAGUUCGGUUAGAGUCUUCGCCUAAAGCACAGCCUGAGCGUCUACAGUUUGCCUCGUGGCUGGGUGACACCACUUCGUUAUUGAUUGUAUUCAACAACGAUAUUUACCAUAGAAAAUCCCCGACCGAGGAAUUUGACACAAGAAUAACGUUCACCGGUCAUUCUGAUAUUAUCUAUAACGGGAUACCUGAUUGGUUAUACCAAGAGGAUAUCUUACAAAGUCCAGAGGCCUUGUGGAGUUCCUACGACGGAACUCAUUUAAUGUAUGCUACUUUCAACGACAGUCAAGUGGGAACCAUGAACUUUCCAUGGUUUCAGUUCCAAACUGGAUCCGUUUUAGGAUCGCCGGGGGUGUACCAAAGAGCCCCUUCCUUUCCCUCUUCUAGAACAUUAAGGUAUCCAACGCCUGGGACACCUAUACCCUCAGUACAACUGUGGAUUGUAGAUAUUUCUAAUUUAACUUCGUUAGAGUAUCAUCUUGUUCAACCACCAAAAGCCUUACAAAGACAUAAUGGUAGGCCAGGCAGCAAAUCAGUGACGGAGGAGUUCCAAGUGGAUUGGGGAACUUAUAUGUCUAGUCACUGUGAUGUAGUUUACAUUAAACUAGAUGUCAGAGGUGCCAGAGGUCAAACGGACCGCUCGAUAUACCAUCAACUUGGUGGUGUGGAAGUCCAGGAUCAGAGUUAUGCCGACGAAGGGCAUCUAUUAGAGGGCGUGAUAGAACACGUCUACAAUUCUAUGCAGAAUUUUUUUGAAGAGUGCCUUAACCUCGACACCGACGAAAAAGCCAAGGAGCGAGAGGAGAAGAAAGAAAAGGAGGAAGAUUAG